UUUUACCUAAAAUUAUACGUCUUUUAUUGAGCUUUUGGUUUAAUUAAAAUGUCGAAAAUAGACACCGGGCCGCGCGGUUCCUAUCUUAACGAACGCUGCCCCCCUCACUAUAGCCCGGACGUGCUAGUUGGCUAUUGGAGUAACCGCCGGUAUUGCAAAAUAAAUAAUUCGAAGGGUAUUCUGCCUGGCAUGUGGUGUGAAAACACCUGCGAUCAACAUCGUACACUUUCCCAAACUUCAUACAGGCCCGACAUCUUUGAGGGCGUCGAUAUCUUGCGCUCACAUAUACGUCGGCGUGGAGAUGCCUUCGAUAAUCUGGUGAGGAACACGCAAUCACAGGUGCGAUUCAAAUCGACGGAAGCACUUAAGAAGAACUGCACCACAACCUAUACAUUAAUGUACGACGUACUGCCAAAGAUGGGAAUGGAUGAAUGCCUGAAAUUGGCGGAGCAGAAUAAGAAUAGACUAAUAUUCCGUUUGCCCGAAUACGAUAUGAUGAAAAGCUAUGGAAAUCUAACAUCAACAGGCAAACGCAGGGCGCUUAAGUGCGAAGAGAUCCUAGACAAAGCCCAGAUAAUGGGAACCACCUAUGGGGACGCCUUUAAGUACAGACCAAAGACGGAAUAGCCGGCUACCGAUCUCGACUUAAAGAAGCGAACAAGCGAAAAAAAGGGACGCGUAUUUCACAACAUGCUGUAAAAUUUAAAGUGUUUUCCAUUGUUUUUCUGGGUCUGCUGCUGGCUUUUUGCAGCCCGAAUUCGCACAUUUGCAUUUUUGCGGCGGCAGUUUAGAUCGGGUAUAGCUAUAGUGAUUGCCGACUUGUUUGUUCGUUGAUUUAUUGCUACUGUAGCGU